AUGACGGACUUCACUGAGGCUAAUCGCCAGUACUUCGAUAAGAUGGCCACUACCUAUGAAGAGAAGUUUGCCCAGGGCGUAAAAGUUGUGGCUGAGCAGACUUCGCAGCAUCGGCUGUGGAUAAGUGAUCGAUGGACAGACACGAUCACCAACCCCGAUGAGAAAGUCCGGAUGCUCGAGUAUGCCUGUGGACCUGGUGUCAUUUCGAUGGCCCUCGCGCCCUUCCUGUCCGAAAUUAUCGGCAUAGAUGUUGCCGACAAAAUGGUGGAAGCAUUUAAUCGCAACGCCGCUACGCUUGAGUUGUCUGAUAAAAUGAUCGGACAUGUAGCUGACCUUCUUGGGGACAAUGUCCCAGGUGAGUUUACCAAGUCGCCGUACGUGGACAUGGAUAUUGUGGCAGUCAGCAUGGCUCUACAUCACUUUGAGCAUCCCGACGUCGCUCUACAGCGACUUGGCCAGCGAGUGAAAAGUGGUGGCACACUCUUCAUCAUUGACUUGGUUCCGCAACCAGGCCAUGCUCACGAUCAUGGCCAUGGCCACGAUCACGGCCACGGGGCAUCCAAACAUGAGUUUGGCGAUGCAGCCCACACAAUCAGUACGCAGGGAUUCUCUGAAGAGACUAUGCGGAAUCUGUUCCAACAAGCUGGAUUCGAUGUUGGCUUCAAGUAUGAGGCAAUCAGCGAGCCAUUGGUGUUCAAAAUGGACGGGAAGAGUCACUCGAAGAGUAUCUUUUUUGCACGGGCUCAACGAGCGUGA